AACAGGCCCAGGAAGUCCCGGGUGGGGUAGGCGUCGCACCCGGAAGUUAAGCGGCGGAGCGGCAGGGCGCGCGGCUAGAGCCCGGAGAAUCCCACUUGUUCGGGACCGAACCACCUCCUCGGGUCGGCGCUGCGGGCUAGAGCCGGCCUGAGUGAUCAUGGCCCUUUCUGUGGAGACCGAGUCACACAUAUACCGAGCUCUGCGCACUGCCUCCGGGGCUGCUGCCCACCUUGUGGCCCUGGGCUUCACCAUCUUUGUGGCAGUACUUGCCAGGCCUGGCUCCAGUCUCUUCUCCUGGCACCCUGUGCUUAUGUCUUUGGCUUUCUCUUUCCUGAUGACCGAGGCACUGCUGGUGUUCUCUCCUGAGAGUUCGUUGCUGCGCUCCCUUUCACGGAAGGGCCGAGUGCGUUGCCACUGGGUUCUGCAGCUGCUGGCCUUGCUGUGUGCAUUGCUGGGCCUGGGCCUUGUCAUCCUCCACAAGGAACAGCUUGGCAAGGCCCACCUGGCCACGUGGCAUGGGCGGGCAGGGCUGCUGGCUGUGCUGUGGGCAGGGCUGCAGUGCUCGGGUGGGGUGGGGCUGCUCUACCCCAAAUUGCUGCCUCGAUGGCCCCUGGCCAAGCUUAAGCUGUACCAUGCCACUUCAGGGUUGGUGGGCUACCUUCUGGGGGGUGCCAGCCUCUUGUUGGGCAUGUGCUCACUCUGGUUCACUGCCACAGUCACCGGUGGGGUCUGGUACCUGGCUGUGCUUUGCCCUGUCGUUACCAGCUUGGUCAUUAUGAAUCAGGUGAGCAACGCCUACCUGUACCGCAAGAGGAUCCAGCCGUGAACUCUUCCCAGCCUUGGGAAAGCCUGGAUUUGCCCCUCAGCGUGAGAGCCGGGUUUGAGACCACCUGGACUCUCUCAGCUCGCUCAUGGGACACCUCAGGCACUGGGGCAGCCGGAGUCCUGUGUGUGACAUUGUUACUUGCUCCUCAUGCUGCAGUACCUCCCCUUUCCUUCUUUCUCUACCGUCCCAGAGAAGUUUAUGGAUCAUGUGCCUGGAUGAAGUUGGGGUUGCAAGACUGCGCCCCACCCCCAGCAACUCAACUUUUGCUGGUAUGUCCAGAAAUUACAGAAGAAAGUAAAAUAAAGUGAAAAAAAAAAA